AUGGGAAAUUUACAAAGUUUAUUAAUUGGGUCAGCAGUAUCGACUAGUUAUAAGUAUGCUUACAAACAAUAUCAAAGAUAUUUGCCGGUUGAAGAUGAAUAUGUGGAAUGAAUAGAAGAGCAUUGUGUUGAUCUUGAAAACCCAAUGAAAUUACUAGGAGGAAAACACUCAUUUCUUGUGAUAACUACAAUUUCAGGUAGAAAAGUAUUCCUUUAUAUAGAUAAGAUAUGAUUUUUCUGCAGACAAUCCUGAAGGAUCUAUUAUUUAUGAAUACUCUGAUUGAUUUCCUUGUGAGCUAUUUAGAAAAGCUGCAGUGCCACCUGGGAUAAAAGUAAAAGACAUUACUUCUGUUUUCAAAAAAAUAGCUAAAACACAUACCUAUAACAUAAAAACACACAAUUGUCAGCACGUCGCGAGGGAUACAUAUAAUGAAAUCUCUCUUGCUGCCAAUCAAGCUUUAAGAAAUAACCAUUUAAAAUGAUUUUACAAAGCCCUUCCUGCAGAUUACCAUGGCAAUAUUAAAUACAAUGACCCAGAACAUGACGAAAUUGAAGAAAAAGCUGUAAUAAGGCCUAAAAGAAGGAAAUUAACCCCAGAAGAAAAAAAAGAAAAGGCAGAAAACAGACAUUUAUUUGAUUUCCCAGGAGAAAAUGCUACAGAAGAAGAAAUUAUGGAAUAUCUUAGAGAAAUUGCUAGAACAUUUGGAGGCACCGUGAAUGAGAAAAUUCUUGAUAUUAAUGAAAAUAAAUAA